AUGACAAACUCAAGGAAUGCGGCUGCCGUAGCAUCGUCGAAGAAGCGCUGUGGAACUUGCAUAGUUCGAGAGACCCUGAGACCGAAUCUUUCAAGUUUCAGUAGUCAACCCCUAGGAGAAGUAUUGCUUCGGAUUGCCCUAUCGGGAAUCUCCCAUGCUGGCAAAGCCUUGCAGCACGCGUUGCUUGCCUUUUCAGCACAGUAUCGGUACGGACCGGUAUUUCGUGCCGAGGAGCUGAAACUAUCGGCCUUGCGUGCUCUGUCUCUGUCAGCUGCUGAAGGCAUGUCUGCCCACAAGGCUGUUCAGCACGUAGCAGCUGGGAUGGUUCUUUGCAUGUUUGAGACCCAAAAGAGCUCGCAUUCAACAAAUCAUUGGCUUUGCUAUCUACGUUCUUCGCGAACUCUCAUCGAAAGUGUCUCGCUUGAGAAAUUUUGGAGGGUCUCAGACGCUCCCAUGUUGCUGGAGUGGGUAUCAUAUCAUGAGAUAUUAGCUCGAUUCAGCCUUCGCCAUUGGAGGAAACCCAAAGCGCUGCUACCAAGUCAGGUAAUUUGCGACACAAGGCCGUUCACUUCGCCAGAGAUGAGGAAGAAAGCCCGUGUUGAGCUUUCGAUGAUCAUGGGCCAAGCGUCGUUGGAAAGUAAGCGAUUCUUCCAGCCGUUGGGUCUUCUCUCCGAGGUUGUUGCGGAAAUUCUACCAUCCGAUAAUCCCGAGACCCACACACAGGAGUAUCGAUGCAAGAUCAGAACACUCAAAGCGGAAAUCGAGAGCUUGCGGGUAACAGCAUCGUACAGCCGCGCGGAUCUGAAGUCAGAGAGGAUCGCCGCGAAGUCUGAAGUAUAUCGGCUUUCAACGCUGGUGUACCUAAGUCGCACUACCGACCAAGGCGAGCGAGAGGAUUCUGGCGUAGCUGCCUUGGUCGAACGAGGACUACAGCUCCUCCCUUUGAUGGGCACCUGUGAGAGACCGUUGCCGCUUCUCAUAUUCGGAUGUGAAGCGCGUACCGACGAGGAAAGGCUUCGCAUCUUGAAUCUGGUUUCCAACGCGGAGAAGACUCUUCCUGAUCGCGAACUUCAUUCUAUUAAGAAGUUACUUCAUGCUCUUUGGACACAAGAUGAUCUGCAUGCCGACAAUAUUCUCAAGCCGACUUACAUAGAGAAACUAUCGGCUGUGUUUAGUGCCAGCGAGUUGCUUCCUCACUUCGCUUAG